GAGAGGGGCCGAGCAUGGAGUGACAAUCUACCCUCGUUUUAAACACUUUAUAACGCAUCGGUAUUUAAAGAAUGCGUUUGCGUUGUGGGAUGUAUUCUGGAGUUGGAAACGAGGUCUUUCCUUAAAUACCCGAGUGUGCAGGGGACGUGGCAUCUACGUCCGUGUUAAAGUGAGCUGAUUUGAGUACGAACAAAAGUUGUUUUUUUUGCCGUUUUUUUAUCGCGUUUCCGAAACGUUAAACCCGUUUGGAAUACUCUCUAAACGGAAUGGUUAAUCCUCCCGAAGGUUUAUUCUACAUCGAAAUGGAUCAAGCACCACCAGCUCUCCCUCCCAGGUCAACAAAGCCAGUAUCUUCCACCAUGAACAACAACUGUCCUCCUCCGCCUCUGUAUUCACUGCAGGAUGCCGAAUGGUAUUGGGGAGACAUAACAAGGGAGGAAGUCAAUGAGAAGCUCCAUGACAUGCCUGAUGGUUCCUUCCUGGUGCGCGACGCCUCGACAAAAAUGCAAGGAGACUUCACGCUGACGUUAAGGAAAGAUGGCCACAACAAGCUCAUCAAGAUUUACCACCGUGACAGCAAGUAUGGCUUCUCUGAUCCCCUGACCUUUACCUCUGUGGUGGAGCUCAUCUGGCACUACCAGCACCAUCCGUUGGUGGAGUACAAUGCCACCCUUGACCUGAUGCUAACUCAUCCUGUGUCCCGCUUUCAGCAGGACCGGCUGGUGAAAGAGGACAGUGUUGAUGUUGCUGGAAGAAAACUCAAGGAGUACCACAGUCAGUAUCAAGAGAAAUCGAAGGAGUUUGAUCGUCUCUAUGAAGCCUUCACAAAAACCUCGCAGGAGAUUCAGAUGAAGAGAACAGCAAUUGAGGCCUUUAAUGAGACAAUGAUGAUCUUUGAGGAGCAGUGUCGGGAACAGGAGCGUUAUGGAGAGGAGUUUGAGAGGAACAAUCAAUCUGAGGAAGCAGAAAAGGAUUUGGAGAGCUUCCUUAUUAACUAUGAGAAGCUGAAGUGUCGUCUUGGGGAGAUCUACGACAGUAAGGUCCAUCUGGAGGAGGACCUGAGAACCCAGGUGGAGGACUACAGAGAGACAGACCGGAAGAUCAACAACCUGCGACCUGACAUAAUUCAGCUGCGUAAUAUCAGAGACCUAUAUCUCAAUUGGCUGAAUCACAAGGGUGUGAGGCAGAAACGUAUCAACGACUGGUUGGGAAUACAGAGCGACAGCCUGGAUGACACCUACGUGUUGAAGGGAGACGAGGAGAAACUGCCACAUUAUGAUGAAGCAAGCUGGUUUGUUGGCGAACUGAGCCGGACUCAGGCCGAGGAGAUGCUUCAGGGAAAAGCAUCGGGAACGUUCCUGAUCCGUGAGAGCAGCAAACAGGGAUGCUAUGCCUGCUCCGUUGUCGUGAAUGAAGACGUGAAGCAUUGCAUGAUCUUUAGCACACCACACGGAUAUGGAUUCGCCGAGCCCUAUGACGUCCACUGCUCACUGAAAGACCUCGUUCUGCACUACCGCCUGAACUCCCUAGCACAACACAAUGACGCCUUGGAUGUCCGGCUGUCGCACCCGGUGCAUGGCGCUGCACCAUCCAGCCCUUCUCAGCAUACAGAGGAACACAAACUCUUACAGACUCCGCAACACACAGCAGGGCUCCCACCAGCCACGCCGGAAAUGUAGUCCAACUGAGAGACAAACGGACGUGUUUACUGUAUCCUACGAGAAUGACUGCUUCAAGGUGCAUUGUUCGCUGAGAAGAAUGUGUAAAAUUUGCACUAGAGUGAUUUCAGCGGUUUUCGUGAACGGGAUUUCACAGAUGGAAGUGGGACCGGAACUUGAAUGUCAGAUUGAACUUUAAUUUUGUUUUGUUUUCUGUUUGAUUUUCUUUCUUUCUUUCUUUCUUUUUUGAGACUCGAAUCUUCAAAAGGAUUUUUUUUUGUACUUCAUAUAUUAUCAUUUGUUUAAUGGACAUCGUCAUAAUGGGGAUGUUAACAAACAAACAAAAUAUAAAUGUUCACUCACAUCAGGUGCUACACUGUCUUCUGACUUCACCUUUUUGGAUUUGCACAGCUCAAAUAAGAAAGGUGAUAUUGUUGGCGAGAUCAUGCCCUAAAAUUCUGUUAUGACAAUUUGGAUAAUGUGUGAUUUAAAUAUGGGGCUGUCCAUUCAUCAGAUGAUAUGGUGCUGUGUUGAGGCAGAUUCUGUCAUCCACGUCUGGUGGACCGAAUAACUUUGGUUAAAUCCACAUGUGAAUAUGUGAAAGGUAAUGGUGCAUCUUUACAAUAUUGCCCUUUCUUAAUAGACAUUCAUACAUAGUGGAUAAUUAUGUAGCAUUAAUAUCCUGUAUAUUACUAUUGUAAAAGCAUACUCGAUGUUAUAUCCAUUGACCAAAGCACUUAAUAUUAAGUGAAACUACAUCCCUGCUGAGACCAGUAAUCACAUUAGGUAAGGAGGGGCAAUUGGUGUACACCUGCUGAUGUGCUGAUCAAAACAUAAUCUGAAGUACUGUAUGUUAUAUUCUGUUACUCAAAAGAAGUAUAAGCUUUUUGUAUUCUAUAUAUAUUUUUUCUAUAAACAUGCCACAUAAGAUGAAAGCUUGAAGAAAGUGCAAUCCAGCAGUAUUUCUAUUGUUGCAGUGUAUGACGAUGAUGGUGGUGAAGGUGAUGCUGUUAUGAGAGGUUGACAUUUGCCACAAAAAUGCACUCUCUUUGGUGGCGCUGGUAUGAUGUGGCCUCUUACGUUUGUGUGAACUUAAAGGGGUCCGGAAGUAUCCUGCCUCCAUUACUUGAACUGUGGCAUUGCUCGAGCUAUGAAUGUUUUUUCAUGACAUGCAGCCUACAUAGCUUAAGAGGAAAGGAAUCCAUGUUGAACUUGGCACAUUUUUCAAGUUUGAGGACAAUAGAUACUCUGUAUUCAGAAACUGUUCAACUUGUUUUUGAGUUCAGUUGAUGGAAGGUGUUUAAGCCUCUCGUUAAAAGAAUAAAAAUAAAUCCACUGGAGGAUUGAGGAAACUCCUUGGUUGAAGCUAAGCAAUGUGACAUUCUGACCUUCACUUUGCUGAAAGACAAUAAACUGACGAGGGUUUUGUCAAUUUACA